GAAAGAGACAGCUAUGUGGACCUGUGGCAAAAUGCUUGCAAUGAACUGGAAAAGCUUCAGGAAAUUGAACGGGAAAAAGAUGGUGAGUUGAAGGGAAGAACAAGAGCAAUGACAAGCCUGCAGAAUGACCUUCACAAAGCCAGGCAAUUUGCUGAGGAACUUCAGUCAAUAAACAGAAAGUUGAGAAUGGAACAUGAAAAAUUUCUCGGCACAGCUCAGACCCAAGAUCAGGAAAUAGACGAAGUUCGAAAUGAGCUCAGGAGGUGCAAAGCUGAGCUGAAAAACUCCAGAGCGCAGAACGAAGAACUUCGCAGAACGCUGGAGAUAAUGGAGGGACAAAUUAGAGUGAGGGAUAGAGAGAGAGAGAGAGGAAAUGAGGGUAACAAAGACCUUCCUGAAGUCGACACUCGAAUGGAACAACUACAAACCACUCUUAUUGCACUAGAGUCGAGGCUGUCUGGGACGCUUAAAGAAGUCGGACGGCUCAGAUCAGAGAAAGCUGAGCUGGAAGAAAGAUUGGAAGUUUUACAGAAAAGAAGUUCUGAUCAGGAACAGCGUGAGUUUGAAGCUAUUGCUCACGUCAGAGACAGUGUACAGAUGGUGGAAAAUGCCAUUCUUGAAAGAGACCAGGCCCUUGUCCGAGAGCAACAGAAAACGCAAGAAGUGGGCAGGCUUCAAGAAGUCAUCAAUAAGAUUCUCAGGGAGGCUGGGAAGAGGACAAGAGAAGAGGUGGAUUCUGUUCGGAAUCAGUGUAACAAAAACAUCCAGAAACUAAUGGAGGAGAUGCAUUUUCUGGAAUUGGAAGGAGCUGAGAAACAAGCUCAGUUAGAGAGAUCACUAAGGGAGAAGGCCGCCGUGGAAAAAGAACUUGAAAAGCUCUACCAAGAAGGUCCGUCUGAGAUUGCGCGGGCUGGAAUGACUUUUGAAGAGCUACAGAAACGAACUGGAUUGGCCGAGAGAACCCGGGACGAGGCUUUACGAAGAGUAGAUAGCCUCAAUUCCACGCUCAGGAAGAUAGAGACAAAACACGAACAAGAAAAAUCUCAGGGUGUCUCUGAAAUUGGCGAACUUAAAAGGAGAAUGAAACAACUAGAAGAAGAAAAUGAAGAGAUUUCUGACAACAGACUUCAACUGAUAGAUGAAAUAGACAAACAGAAACGGGAACUUCUCCAAGCCAAACAAGCGAAAGAGACCGCCGAACAUCAGUGCACUUUGGAGGUUUCAUCGCUCAAUCAACGACUUGAGCAACGGGAAAGAGAGUUUGAAUCACGACUUCGAAACGUGGAGGAGAUGAACAGACAGUCGGUGAAUGAACUCAGAGAAAUGUUGAAUGGACAACAGAAACUUGGAGCACAGUGGAAAGAGGAAUCUAGAGCAGUAACGCAGAAAUUUGAGCAAACAGUGAAUGAGUUGAGACAAGAGAUUAACAAGCAGAAACGAAGGAAUAAUGAACUGAAUGGCCAGUUGAACGAGGAGAGGCAGGCGAGAGAGGAGUUGGAGUCCAAGCUUUCGUCAUCAAAGCUUUCUCACGAGAAACUUCAAAGUAUGGUCGUCGAUGCAGAAACAAGAGCAGAUGCAGCAAGCUCUCAGGUAACUACACUUUUAAAUCGUGAGAGACAACUUUUACAAGAAAGAAAACUCCUAAACCGCGAAUUCGAGAGACUCAAAUUAGAAAAGAGUCGGCCUGGGUACAACAGAAUCCGGGAACCUCCUCAAAGACUUUCGGACUUGUUAAGCACCGCGAACACGGGAACCUCUGCUCAUGAGCCUGCAGUUCGUUUGGACCUGAUGUCUCCAAGGGAUGAUGGGUAUUUGCGAGAACUUGACGGCAUUGGAUCCAGAACAAGUUACAACGGAAUUUCAAGAGACAGAGUUAUACUUUGAUGAAGCAAGAAAACAAGUCUUUUUAGUUUCGAUUUAAAGAAUGUCUUCUAAUCAGUCUUGGUGUCUUUAAGUUCCUUCCGAAAUAUUUGGUCUCCGUCAAGGAAAGACGUGAUGUGCAACACGUCCAUGGCUCUAGCGGUGGAUAAGUUUGCAAACUCAUAACAUUUCGAUCAAGCAAAGACAGAUUUUCAAUUUAAUGCCCAAAGUAAAUUGGGAUUGCGCCACUUUUUCAACCAGUCAGGUGCAAGACUUACACCAAUCGCGAAACGGAACUUGCGUUUCCCGCGCUUCAGUUUUAGCCUGUCUUUUGGCAAAAUUUUCUUUGUUCUGAUUGGAUGUAUUGAUCGCUAUGUUCUGCUUUUACGUCACUCAAGCGAUGUGCGCUGUAUAAUGCAAUAUUUGUCUUAAUUUCUCGAAACACUCUCGGUAUUUAUUUCAAACUAAGCUUUGAAGACAGGGAGUUUCCUAGUUCAGUAGAGCCUGGGUUUUAAUAACAACGGUUUUCAUCUACCAUUUCAGACAGCCAGAUAUUUUAUCACAAUGGUUUUAAAUAGACCUUUAGCGUCCAUGAGUGGUUCACUUUACAGACCUGAUGAAUACGGUAUUUUUGACGAGAAGACCAUAAACAUAUAAUUAAUAUAAGUCAACUCUCUACUUUUUGGAGUUUGUUCAAGAUAUCUCUGGUUUUCAUAAUUAAUGAUCUUCAACGUGCGGGAAACCACAAAAUAAUAGACUGAUAUGAUCGGAAAAAACUAAAAUAUGAAUAUUAAAUAAAACAGGAACAAAGAUGGCUAAGAAUGGACAAGACUGACGUGGAUUUCUUUUUCAUGACGAACUUGAAAAUUUCUGGCUAAUUUUUUAAAGAUGUUCAAAUCGUGACGUAACUUUUUCAAUGGUUAGCGUUUACAUGGUAAGCGAUCCGUAAGCGUUCACAUGACUUUUGUACUAACGUGUUUUUAAUCUGAAAGCAAAUAGCUGUCUCGUCUUUUGGUGUGGUAGAAAUAUUGCUAUCUUACAAAAAUUUGGCACUGCCCCACGGAAGUUAAUUUCGAAGUGCUACCAUCAACUCAUAUUGUACAAAGGUUAUAAAAUGUAACUUUCGUUAGUGUGUGAAAAAUAAAUUGUAUUCUCGGUGAA